AUGGUACUGCUCACGACCACGGCGACUGCGAAGAGAGCCAUCGAGGAGUACUGUCGGGUCAACGUAGAGCUCAGGGAGGAAAGCAGGAAGAAUCUUACAAACAUCGAAACAGGCUCCCAUAUCGAGCAUCAACAACUGGUUGACAUCUCGCGAUAUCUGGUUAAACACUGCGCCGAUCCAUCGGGAAUCGCAACGGAAUGGCGACUUGAGACGUUGUUGAAGAGCGCGUCAGUCUACCAGCCGCCUCCGCCACCAAAGCCAGAGCCUACCGCUCAGUACAAGGCUCUCAUGCAGCGUCUGCGCGAACAAGACGAACAACGACAAUACGAGCGCAUGACCAACCCACUCGCGCCAGAGACAUUCGGAGAACACUUUCCCAACGCCACCACAUCUUUCGGACAUGGCAUGACUUCAGAGCCUCACGAAGUAGACGAAGUGACCUACGCCGACGUGAAUCGACAGAUGAUACUGAUCAUCAACGUCCUAGUCUCCAUCAUUUGCACCAGCGUUGCGGUGUGGAUGGCAGCUCGCAGGUGGAGUGUGCCACAGCGACUUGCGUUGUCCUUUUCGAGCAGUACGCUGGUGGCUGUUGCUGAAGUGGCCAUUUACAUGGGCUAUAUCCGACGGAUCCAGGAGUCGAAGACCAAGGAGAAGAAGUUGAUUGAGAAGAAGGAAAUCGUUGACACCUGGGUCAUUGACGCGAAGGCCACUACUACGGGACAGCAAGCCAAACCGAACGACUCGACCCGGAGCAGGAAGGGAAAACACAGGUGA